AUGGAGUUUGAAUUGAUGGAAUUUCCAAACAAAGAAGAAAAGAAAGCAAUACUAGAAACUGCUUCAGAUAGUAUAAACUCACUCGGAAAUUUCAUCGAUUUUCUCUCUCACAACCCUUCUAAUCUAAACUCCGAUCUCACAAACACCACCGUAACUAACUUCAAAAAACUUUCCAACUUACUCAACCGUACCGGUCGCGCCCGCUUCCGUCGCGCUCCCCUCCCUCAACCGCCACAAAAUCCCUCUCCCACUCCCACUCCCACUCCCUCCGCCUCCACAACGCCGCCUCAAGUUCAACCUCAGAACCACUCUCUAACUCUUGAUUUCACUAAACCUAACAUGCUGAGAUCAAACCCUAAAUCUUUAGAUCUAGAAUUCCCUAAAGAAGCCUUCAGCGUCUCCUCUAACUCCUCGUUCAUGUCCUCCGCUAUCACUACCGGUGACAUCACCGGCGACGGCAGUGUCUCAAACGGUAAACUAGGUUCAUCUCUCUUCCUCGUCCCUGCUGUUUCCGCUGCUAAACCUCCUCUUUCAUCUACAUCAUUGAAGAACAUAUGUCACGACCACUCCGACAACGUCUCCGGCAAACGCUCCGGUUCUAAUAAGUGCCACUGCAUCAAGAAAAGGAAAAAUCGGAUGAAGAGAACACUGAGAGUACCGGCGGUGAGUUCGAGGAUUGCGGAUAUACCGGCAGACGAGUAUUCGUGGAGGAAGUAUGGUCAGAAGCCGAUAAAGGGAUCACCGUAUCCAAGGGGUUAUUAUAGGUGCAGUACAGUGAAAGAGUGUCCAGCGAGGAAAAAGGUGGAGCGAGCAAUGGAUGAUCCAACGAUGCUGAUUGUAACGUAUGAGGAGGAGCAUCGUCACGAGAUUCAUACUGCGAUGCAGGAGAAUAUUUCCGGGAGUAUGGGUUUGGUGGUAUUCGAGUCAACGUUAGGUGGGAAUUAG